AAUAUAAGUCUGCAUCCCUAGUGCGAAACAUAGCAAAAACAAUUGCGCGAUAGAAAUAAUUUUAGAAAAUAGCUUUAAAUAGAGUGUUUUAACUAAAGCAGCAUUGUAUUGUGUUGACGCAGAGGCUGUGUAAAGUUUUCAAAGUACAGCACAGGUGUUUUCGUUAAACAGAAGUCACACACGCUAAGACAGACAGCGACAAAAUGAUGAGCCUGCUAGGGCGACCCGAUGUGGAUGCGGGCGAGGUGUUUGUUAACUUUAAUCAAAACAUAACUUCCCUGGCGGUUGCCACCAGCGGCAGCUAUAGCCUGUAUAGUCUGGGUUCUGUGGACUCCACGCUGGACAAGAUCUAUCACACAAAGAGCGAUGAUCUGUUCCUGAUCGAGCGGCUCUUUGAGAGCUCCUUAGUGGCCAUUGUCUCCCAGCGUGCGCCGCGCAAACUCAAAGUCUGUCAUUUCAAGAAACAAAGCGAAAUCUGCAAUUACUCGUAUUCGAAUACCAUUUUGGCGGUUAAAUUGAAUCGUGAACGUUUGAUUGUCUGCUUGGAGGAAUCACUCUAUAUACACAACAUUCAGGAUAUGAAGGUGGUGCACACCAUACGCGAUACACCCUGUAAUCAGUUGGGACUGUGUGCGCUAUCAUCCUCGUCGGAUCAUUGUUAUCUCGCCUAUCCGGGCAGCGUGACCUCCGGGGAGGUGCAAAUCUUCGAUGCUAUCAAUUUGCAUGCCAAGACCAUGAUACCCGCUCAUGAUACGCCACUGGCGGCCAUUGCGUUCAGUCCGUCGGGCACGGAGAUUGCCACUGCCAGCGAACGGGGCACUGUAAUCCGUGUCUUUAGCUCCCAGGAUGGCAGUCGUUUGUUUGAGCUGCGACGUGGCCUCAAACGUUGCGUCUCCAUUGUCUCGCUCUCGUUCAGCACUUGUGCCGAGUACUUGGUGUCCAGCUCCAACACGGAGACGGUUCACAUAUUCCGCUUGGAUCGCAGCGCUGCCGAGAACAAUGAUCAUGGCAAGCAGUCUGGAGAUGAUUGGAUGGGUUACUCGUUUUUUAGAUUCUUGAGCAAAACGGUCACCAGCUACUUGCCCACGCAGGUGACCGAUGUCUUCAGCCAGGGACGGGCUUUUGCAUCGGUCACGCUGCCGGAGGCGGGUGUGCGACGUAUGUGCGCCAUCACCACGAUACAGAAGCAGCUCAGGCUAUUGAUUGCUUCACAGGAUGGCUAUUUAUAUGUCUAUUCCAUACCCUCGAUUGAGGGCGCCGAGUGUCAGCUAAUUAAGCGACAUGAUCUGCGUCUGGAUGAUAACUAUGCCAUGGAUGUCAAAGUUGAUUCACCUCAUGCUUCAGGUCUUAACAGUAAUGUUUGCAUUGGCGGUGCUGCUGGUGUUCCAAGUGCUGCUGCAGCCGGAGGCGCAGGCGGAUCUUCAGAGGGUAAAGCUACUGAUAAGCCGGGCAGUUCCAAUGCUGGCGCCAGUUACGCCUCGGCAGUUAAGGGUGACGAGCCAGCUGGUUCUUCCUCCUCCAAUUAGGUGCAAUUGAAACUCACUCACACGACACAUCAACAAUGGAAAACAUCAAAAGCAUAAAGCAAAAUGAAAGCAAGAAAACACACAACUCACUCCUCAAAGUACUAAGGACGACGGAUGGCUAAAGUGAUUGAAUUUGGCUCAUGCAGCUGGCUACGGUAGCUCCUGUGGCGUCAAAACAAAAAUAAUUAAUUAAUUGAAUAGGUCUUAGACUUAGCUUUUAACUUUAUCAAUGACAAUUCUUCCUCGGUUAAUAAGCAAAAAAUUCAA